AUGAGUGACGUAACCGGAGAGCAGAGACCAAAGACCAGAAGCUGUGUCAAGGCCGGAGGAACUACGAUUCACAGCACGGCCAGGUAUCCAGUCCAUACAAGUAUUGAAAAGGGUUGGGGCAAGGACACAGCCCUGUCUCACCACGGCAGACACCGGGAAAAAGAUCAGCCACUAGUGGCUGUGGGCCAGCCAACGGGAGCUGUGAAGAAGGGGGAUCUACCCUAUACAGUUGCUCAAAGUACUCAGCUCAGCGGGCCCUAUGCUCACCCGGCUCUGACACAAUGGAGAGAGAAGAAGAAGAAGGAGAAGGAGAAGGAGAAGGAGAAGGAGAAGGAGAAGAAGAAGAAGAAGGAGAAGGAGAAGGAGAAGGAGAAGGAGAAGGAGAAGGAGAAGGAGGAGAAGAAGAAGAAGGAGGAGAAGGAGAAGGAGAAGGAGCAGGAGAAGGAGAAGGAGAAGGAGGAGAAGAUGAAGAAGAAGGAGAAGAAGAAGAAGGAGAAUAAGAAGAAGGAGAAUGAGAAUGAGAAUGAGAAGGAGAAGGAGAAGGAGAAGGGAAAGGAGAAGAAGAAGGAGAAGGAGAAGGAGAAGGAGAAGGAGAAGGAGAAGAAGAAGAAGGAGAAGGAGAAGGAGAAGGAGAAGGGAAAGGAGAAGAAGAAGGAAAAGGAGAAGGAGAAGGAGAAGGAGAAGGAGAAGAAGAAGAAGGAGAAGGAGAAGGAGAAGGAGAAGGAGAGGGAGAAGGGGAAGAAGAAGAAGAGGGAGACGGAGAAGGAGAAGGAGAAGGAGAAGGAGAAGGAGAAGGAGAAGGAGAAGAAGAAGGAGAAGGAGAAGGAGAAGGAGAAGAGAAGAGAAGAAGAAGGAGAAGGAGAAGGAGAAGGAGAAGAGAAGAAGAAGAAGAAGGAGAAGGAGAAGGAGAAGGAGAAGAAGAAGAAGGAGAAGGAGAAGGAGAAGGAGAAGGAGAAGGAGAAGGAGAAGAAGAAGGAGAAGGAGAAGGAGAAGGAGAAGGAGAAGAAGGAGAAGGAGAAGGAGAAGAAGAAGGAGAAGGAGAAGGAGAAGGAGAAGGAGAAGGAGAAGGAGAAGGAGAAGAAGAAGGAGAAGGAGAAGGAGAAGGAGAAGAAGAAGAAGAAGGAGAAGGAGAAGGAGAAGGAGAAGAAGAAGAAGGAGAAGGAGAAGGAGAAGGAGAAGAAGAAGAAGAAGGAGAAGGAGAAGGAGAAGGAGAAGGAGAAGGAGAAGAAAGAAGAAGGAGAAGGAGAAGAGAAUGAGAAGAAGAAGAAGAAGGAGAAGGAGAAGGAGAAGGAGAAGAAGAAGAAGAAGGAGAAGGAGAAGGAGAAGGAGAAGGAGAAGGAGAAGGAGAAGAAGAAGAAGAAGGAGAAGGAGAAGGAGAAUGAGAAGAAGAAGAAGAAGGAGAAGGAGAAGGAGAAGGAGAAGAAGAAGAAGAAGGAGAAGGAGAAGGAGAAGGAGAAGGAGAAGGAGAAGGAGAAGAAGAAGAAGAAGGAGAAGGAGAAGGAGAAUGAGAAGAAGAAGAAGAAGAACCAGAUACAGAGGGAUAAGAUUUUACCAUCUUGUGGGACUUUCCAAUACACACUGAUUGAUGGCACAAUACAGGCAAACCGUCAAGGCAUUGUUAUCAAGGACAAGGAAAAUAACACCUGCCUUCUCGGUGAUAUGAGCGUGCCAUCUGACAGAAAUGUUUCUGCGAAAGUGUUUGAAAAACUUUAA